GACAAAGGGAAUGUGAGUCGAAACAAAGAGCACAAGUCUUCUCACAAAGAGAAGCAGCGACUUGAUGGCAGAGUGGAGGACAGGACCUCUGCGUUCAGCCCAGAAAGAUGGCACAAGACUUCUUUUAAAGAGUACCUCCGAGAAAGCCCCGUGGCAGGAUGCAGCAAGGAGAAGCAGAGGAUGUCAGAUGGCACCAAGGAGAAGAGCCGAGAAAGCAGCUCCUCCAGAAAGGAGAAGCUACACGUGCAGCUGCACUUGGAAGAGUCUCUGGACAACCAUGUGAAGAAGCGAAAACAUCGGGACUCUGACAAAAGCAAAUUGGAAAAGUCCAAGCCGGGCCUGGAGACAUCGAACAGAGAGCGGGAGAAACGGAAAGCUGAGAGUGACUCCUCGAGCAGGGUUAAAGAAGAGGGGAUUUCUGGGAGCUUAAAAUCUUCUGAGGGGAAGCACAAAGCCUCUGAGGUGGACAAGAAAUCUGUGGGCUUCUCCUCAAGUUUUGGGGAAGGGGAAGUGGAGGAUGAAUUUGAACAGCCUACGAUGUCCUUUGAGUCAUACCUCAGUUACGACCAGCCCCAGAAAAAGAAAAAGAAAGUGGCCAAACCUUCUGUGCCAGCUGGGGAGAAAGACCAAGGACACAGCAAACAGAAUGGAUCCAAAGCCAGUACCAAGAGCUCAAGCUCGAGUCGCAAGAGUCCGAGCCACAAACAGGCGAGUGAGAAAAAGGCAGAGGAGAGACAACCAGAGCCUCCUAAACCAAACAGGAUAUUCAUAGAUGUGGUGCCAACGUUACCAGACAUCCCGCUGCCCCUGACCCAGGCCAGCCACCGUCCUCUUCCCUCAGUCGAGUCCAUUACCUGCUCCCAGACGAAAAGGAAAGCAGUGUCCUCGCCAGUUGAAGAGAGUGAGGCAGGCUUUACAGGUCGACGGUUGAAUUCGAAGAUGCAAGUGUAUUCGGGCUCCAAAACUGCGUACCUCCCAAAGAUAAGGACUUUGCAUGAGCAGUGUAUCAGAGUCCUCCAUAACAACAUCAACUCAAUCUGUGAAGUGGGUGGUGUCCCUUUCUCAGUGCUGGAGCCAGUAUUGGAGAGAUGCACCCCAGAGCAACUGUAUCGCAUCGAGGAACGUAAUCAUGUUCUCAUUAAGGAUACAGAUCAGCUGUGGCACAAUCACUGUCUCCGAGACUUCAAGAAUGAGAAGCCAGAAGAAUCUGAGUCCUGGCGGGAGAUGUACCUCCGACUUCACGACGCACGAGAGCAGCGGCUGCUCAUGUUAGCACGGAGCAUCGGCUCAGCUCACGCCAACAAGCCCAAAGGUAGAGUGGCCAAAAUGGCCUUUGUGAACUCGGCAGUGAAGCCACCUCCGGACGUACGGAGACGACAGGAGAAGUUUGGAACUGGAGGGGCUCUUCUGCCGGAGAAGACCAAAAUAAAACCAGUCUUCUACACAUCUGGCAAAAGCCACGCUCGUGUGAGCGAGGAGCAGUCCUACGAUGGGCCCAGCACCAGCAGUGCCCAUUCUGUCCCAUCGUCAGGUAGCACCUUCUCCUCCUACAAUCCCAGGAAACCACCGGCGAAGAAAAUUGCACCAUUGAUGGCAAAGACUAUCAAGGCUUUCAAAAACAGAUUCUCUCGGAGAUAGGUUUUCAGCGCGGAGCUGGGAAUUUCUCUCUCGUGGGGCACUGAAGGGGAAGCAGGUACCCAAACAGCCCAGGUCAUGAGAAACUGUGAAGUCUUGGCACCUGCUGAGAGUGGGAAAUGCAGGGACUAUUUACUAUUUAACCUCUUAAUAAAUUAUGAAAAGGUUUUAAUUAAUCCUUUGCCCCUCUAGCCCUCCGGUACUAUUUAUGUUGCUCCCAGUAGUCUCCCCCCUCCCCGUCCAGUCCAAGGGCCAGCCUUCCUGACCAGAGGGCAGGAAUCCACCCGGGUGGGCGCUGGUUGUCACAGGGAGCCUUUCCUUGUGGCCUCGUACCUGCAGGGCCCGAAGUCCCACCUGGGCUCUCUGGGACAGGUGGCACUGGUGGCCCUUCUGCUCAUCGAUCCUUUGGCAAGCGCAUCACGUCCCGAGGCUUUGCUCUCUAAUCGUAUAUCUUAAUAAAAUCUUAGCUCUCGACCUUC